UUAUGGGGACGUUGCAUGAAUUGGAAACACAAGGAGGAAGCCGUAUUCAGUUCCUUCCUCCUUCAUCGCCUCAACAUUUUUCUUACCCUUCCACCGUAUCAUAGUACCACCAUUCUUCCUCCUCUUUGUACCCAUAAUAACACGUUAAUUGCCUUUUAUUUUCUUUCCCUUCUUUCUGUUCUCCCCGAGUCUUCAAAUCCUGAUCCAGACAUUUUGGACGCAGACCUGGGAGAAGAGGGGUCACUUUUAAAAUCCUCAAUGGAACCACUUCCAGAAUCCCAUUUGGGAAGAGAUGAUUCUCCUACUGGUUCUCCUAGGGCUUCUAAGCAUAUCAUUGACACAGCUGUGCCUUUUGAAUCUGUCAAAGAUGCUGUGUCCAAGUUCGGAGGAAGAGUUGAUUGGAGAUCUCGUCGAACCCAAAGUCUGGUGGAGGAGAGAAGCAGGUUUGCUGGAGAAGACUUUGGAAAAGCAGAAACAGCUGAGGAAUUGGAAAACACUAAGAAGCUUAUAGCAGAACUGAAAAUGAACUUACAAAGUGUAGAAAAAGAUGAGGUUGAGGUAAAAGAAGAGGCCGAACGUGUGAUUCUGAAAAUUGAAGAGCUGGAGCAGGACAUUGUAGGUGAAGCUAGCAUUGAAGCCAAGACACAACUUGAGGUUGAGAAAAGCAUGCAUACUGAAGCGCUUUCAGAGUUGGAAUUGAUGAAAAAAGAAGUGGACGCACUGCGCAAAGAGUAUGCUUCUAUGGUGAGUGGAAGGGAUACAGCAAUCAACAAUGCAGAAGAGACUGUUGCAGCCUCCAAGCAGAUUGAGAAGGCAGUGGAAGACUUGACUGCUGAGUUGGUUGCAACAAAAGAGGCACUGAAAUCCACACGAGCUGCGUACUUGCAAGCAGAAGAACAAAGAUCAGGAGUUGUUGAUGAAGAAUCUCACAAUUUGAAGCUGGAACUUGAGCAAGCAGAAGAGGAGCUCCAAAGGUUAAAUGAGCAGGUUCUGUCAGCCAGGGUUCUUAAGUCAAAGCUGGAAUCAGCUUCCUCUUUGCUGCAUGACUUGAAAGCUGAAUUAGCAGCAUACAUGGAAUCAAAAGUAAAAGAGGAAUGCUAUGAGGAUCUGAAAGCGGAACUUGAGGAAUUAAAGGUGAACAUAGAGAAGGCAACUUCUGAUGUUAGCACCUUGAGGGAGGCUUCUAACUCACUAAAAUCAAAACUAGAAGAAGAGAAGUCUGUUCUCAGCAGCCUUAAGCAAAGUGAGGAGAAAGCUUCUGCUGCAGUUGCAAAUCUCCAAGUUGAACUAGAGAAGUCUAGAUCUGCAGAAGUUUUCUAUCAGAUGAAAGAGAGUGAACAAAGAGAGGUGAUGAGUGAGUUGCCAAAGAAACUGCAGAAAGCAGCGCAAGAGGCUGAUGAGGCCAAAUCACUUGCUCAGGCUGCACAGGAGGAACUUGUUGAAGCCCAGCAAGAGGUUGAACAAGCCAAGGCCAGAUCAACAACAUUGGAGACUAGUUUAAUGGCAGCACAGAAAGAGAUAGAAGCAGCAAAGGUUGCUGAGAUGUUAGCAAGAGAUGCAAUCACAGCAUUGGAGAAGAGUGAAUCAGCUAAAGGCAACAAUGAGAAGGAUUCUUCUUCCCUUGUGACACUCACACUUGAUGAGUAUCAUGAGCUCAGCAGGAGAGCCUAUAAGGCAGAGGAGCAAGCCAAUGUAAGGAUGGAAGCUGCUAAUUCUCAAGUUCAGAUAGCAAGGGAGUCUGAAUUAAGAAGCCUGGAGAAGUUAGAAGAACUGGAUGAAGAGUUGACUGUGAGAAAGGAAUCUCUCAAGAUUGUAACUGGGAAUGCUGAAAAGGCCUCUGAUGGAAAGAUAGCUGUGGAACAGGAACUAAGAACAUGGAUGGAUGAACAAGAGGAGCAAAAGAAGGCUUCUGAAUUCAGUCAUGAGAUUACUCCUGAGCCUGAGCCUGAGCCUGUUCCUGAGCCCGAGCCUGAGCAUGAGCCAUUAAGCCCAAAGGAAAAACAUCCUUCAAAUAACCCUGAAACUGGAUCAGCCUCAGCUAAGACCAAAAAGAAAAAGAAGAAGUCAUUGUUUCCUUCAAAGGUUGUAAUGUUCUUUGCAAAGAAAAAAACGCACCCAACCAAGUGAAUGUAAUUCUUCAGCACAAGUCUAAUUCCUGAACAGGUUGUGUAUUGCUUCCCAAUUGUCAGAAUUUGUAUCGUUCUUUUGUUGCAAGGAGAAAAUAAACCAUUUAAUGUAUAUAUAUGGUGUAGCUGCUAUUUUAUUCAA